CAGCCCGACAAUCUCGCGAAACAAGUGAACUAGGGAGGGAGGUCCAAAAUAGCACGAGACCCCUUUUACCUUUCAAUCCCGUAAAAUCCUCCCUCUUCUAGUCUUCCCCUGUCCAUGGCUGCAUUCUCCAAUCCGCCUCUCUCUUCUCCUUCGUCCCCCUCCCCGUCCCCCUCUUCUGUUUCCCAUCCUCUGCUACGGUCGAGUUCCGACCGCGCUGCCGAUUCUUCGUCUCUGCUUGCCUCGCCUCCUAUCGUGGAUCCUCACCCGUCGCCACCCCAAUCGAUCGAUCCCGGAGAAGAGCAUGUCGAAAUCGCCAAUUCCCUGCAGGAGUCUGAAUCCUACGAGGGUUUGCCCUCCCCUGCUGCCUUGCGUUCGAUCCUCGACUCCGCUGCCGCAGCCACUUCGCUUCCUUCGCCGCCUCCGGUCCUCGCUGUCCCGUCCUCCUCCCCGCCUAGGGUAGUUACAUACGACGACGACGACGACGCAGUGCCGCUGUCGCUGCUACACCUAUCUUUCAACCAGGACCACGGCUGCUUUACCGCCGGCACCAAUAGGGGAUUCCGAAUCUACAACUGCGAUCCGUUUCGUGAGAUAUUCCGCCGAGAUUUUGAUGGAGGGGGUAUCGGCGUAGUUGAGAUGCUGUUCCGAUGCAACAUUCUGGCUCUCGUUGGCGGCGGGCCGAAUCCGUGCUUCCCGCCCAAUAAGGUGAUGAUCUGGGAUGAUCACCAGAGCCAGUGCAUUGGGGAGCUCUCCUUUCGGUCGGAGGUCCUCUCUGUCCGGCUACGGAGGGACAGGAUCGUCGUCGUGCUCGACCAAAACAUAUUCGUCUACAAUUUUACUGACCUUAAGUUGGUGCAUCAGAUUGAGACAGUGCCAAAUCCCAAGGGUCUAUGCGCCGUUUCACAGCAUCAGGGAUCGCUGGUGCUGGUCUGUCCUGGUGGUCAGAAGGGGCAGGUCAGGAUUGAACAAUAUGGGGCGAGGCAGACUAAGUUCAUUAUGGCACACGAUUCAAGGAUUGCUUGUUUGGCACUGUCACAGGAUGGGCGAUUGAUUGCAACUGCAAGUUCCAAGGGCACUCUUAUUAGGAUAUUUAGCUCAGUGGAUGGGGAGCUUCUUCAAGAAGUAAGAAGAGGUGCUGAUAGAGCAGAGAUAUAUAGUUUGGCUUUCUGUUCUGAUAUGCACUGGCUAGCAGUCUCUAGCGACAAGGGAACUGUUCAUGUUUUCAGUCUCAAGAUUAAUUUAGGAUUGACAGUAAAUGAUAAACCUCGCCCCGCACCAGUUCCAAAUGCUUCAAUUUCAAAUUCACAUCUUUCUUUCAUCAAAGGAGUAUUGCCAAAAUAUUUCCACUCUGAAUGGUCGGUGGCCCAGUUCCAUUUGCAAGAAAAUUCACAAUAUGUAACAGCAUUUGGCCACCAAAAGAAUACUGUUGUUAUUCUUGGUAUAGACGGGAGUUUCUUUCGGUGCCAAUUCGAUCCUGUUACGGGUGGAGAGAUGAUGCAGUUGGAAUGCUUCAACUUCCUAAAUCCAGAAUCUCUCUAGUAAUAUGAUGUGCUUUACACUCCAUGGUUGAUUUACUGUGAUUUCCAUUCUCCAAUUAUAUCUCUGGUUAAAAUUUUGUAUAUAGACUACAAUAUGGGCAUGUAAAUUUUGCUCCUGCAGUAAAAUGUGUGUACUAGGUAUAAGGCUGAUUCUAAAUUUUGUUCCUUGAAUACUCUGAGUAUUUCUUCAAUCGCACUUUGCACAAGUUUGCGUCGCAAAACUGAUUUGUGUAGCAAAACUGAUUGGAGGGAAAAAUUAAGAAGGUUGAGUGUUGUACAAAUGAUGGC